AUGGGUGUCUCUCAAAUAUGGGAUAUAAUACGUAGUAAUAGAGACUGUCAUAGUGGCCAAGUGUCAGAUAGUGUAUCUUAUCAAAGGGUUCCGUUGAAAUCAUUUUUACUUAAAAGAAAACCUGUUAUUGCCAUUGAUGCCUACCAUAUUCUGUUUGAGUGUGGAUUUUUUCAAUUUGAAUACCCAGGUAAACCAAUACUAAAUUUAUUAAAACGGUUGAAGGAAUUAAUUCAAUUAAAUGUAUCCUUUAUUAUGGUUUUUGAUGGGUUAGAGAAACCGAAAGAAAAGAAUGGGAAAACACAUUAUAAAAAUAAACCAUAUCAAUGCUAUCCUAGAUUCAUGACACUUCUCCAUAAGUUAUUUAGCUUUCUAAAAAUAUCGAUGAUUCAAGCUAGAGGGGAAGGCGAGGUUCAAUGUUGUAUAUUAGAGACCCAAGGAAAAGUUGAUUUGAUUUGGAGUAAUGAUUCUGACUGUCUCCUUUUUGGUGGUAAUAAUAUUAUGAAAAAUUAUUCUAAAUAUUUAUUGGAUAUCGGUGUUGCUCCUGCAGCUUCAUCACCAAGACGGAGCACCAAUGAUACUUUGUCUCGAUUUAGUGGAAAUACUAAAGAGAAUUUUGUUACAGUAUUGAAUUAUGAUAGUUUGUUAGAAGAUAAUUCCAUAAAAUUGUUGAAUAGAGAAGGUUUAUUGUUGUUUAGUAUUUUGUUAGGUGCAGAUUACCAUAUCAAAGGAGUUAAAGGUUUAGGUAAAGAGAAAAGUUACCAAUUGGCUUCAUUAAAGAAUCCUAAUUUUGCAAGUAAAUUUUAUAAUAUAUUCAAUGCCAACCAUGAUAACAAUACAUGGGAUAUUCAGUAUAAAUAUGAUAAUUUUCAAAAAGAAUUAUUUAGAUACUGCAAACAGCAUUCUAGUGAGUUGUUCGGUAAGAAUUAUUCGGUUUUGUUCGGUAAUGAAAAGGAGAAUUUUGAGAAUUGGCCACCCAUUUCAAUAGUCAAGCAUUAUCUUAACCCUUUAAGGGAGGAAGACAUUGAUAUUGAUAAGUAUUUGGAUAAAAAUGCAUAUUUGAAUGUAGAAGGUUCAACCUGCUAUAAACAAUUACCAUUCGAUAAACUUUAUUCGUUUUUACAAGAACUUAGACUCCCACAAGUUAGCAAUUUUGAUAAAUGGUUUCAUGAUACAAUGCAUGAAAUGUUUUUAAUAAAAUAUGUUUUAUACGAACCUGAUUGUAAUAAGAUGUGUAAAAUUACCGAAGCAAAAACGGUUAACAUAAACGAUGGUAAUAAUAUUGGUGUUAAUGAGAGUCAUGAUAUUAAAUAUUGGAAAGUUAGAUAUAAUUCAUUUUUACCAAAAGUUAAAUAUGAUGAACCAGAUUCAUCUCGACCUUUGAGUGGGAAUGUGAGGAGAAGCCCGACAAGAAGACAAGUUGAUAUUCAAAAAUAUAAGCAUGGAGUUUGGAUACCUCAAGACAGUAUACCUCAAACACAUAUUUUGGUUAAAGAAUAUAGAAAGAGAGAAUUUGAAAGACUUAAACAGGAGGAAAGGGAAAAGAGGUUGAAAAGUGUUCAAAGGUCCUCCAAAAAAAGGUUUGCAAAUUAUAAGCAAAAAAAUACUUUAGAUUUGUUUUUCAAUAAGCAUGCAUAUCCUAUAGACAAAAAUACACCAAGUUUGAAACAGAUACGGUCUGAGUCUUAUGGAUCUCCAAGAAAUAAUAUGGCAGAUAAUACUGUAUUAAAUAGUAUGAAAAAGAGGUUGUUUAUACAUUCUUCAGAAGAUGAAGAUAACUCAAUUCCUGGGGGCUCUGGCGAGGAAGAUGAGCAAGACAGUUCAUUGAUAAUAUUGGAAGAAAAACCAGCAGCAACAUGUCAACUACGAUUAAACACAAGAACUACUUUAUUACCGCCAGAAAGCGGGAUUAGUUAUAACAAUAAUAACACAGAUUUUUUAAAUCAGCAUUCUCCUAAAAAGAAACACCGUACUGAAUUAACAAAAUUAAAACCGCCGUUUUCAUUGAAAGAUACGACUGUUAAACAAACAUCAUUUAGUGAAAAGGAUCAAUAUAGAACUAGAAGUAGAAUAGGAUCAGACUCUUCCAAUGGGGAUCCGAUGCAUGUAGCUAUAAAUGUGUCACCGUUGGCUACAGAAAAUGUAUGUACAUAUGUUCACUUAGAUAAGCCAGCACCAAUGUUAUCGUUGUCACACCCUUUUGGGAAUCAACCUAUCAAUCGUUCUAAUUCAUUGUUAGACCGAAUAACUGAUGAGGCGAAUGAGUUUCUCCAAGAGUUGGAAGAUCCUGGUAAUUCCUCAGACACGUCAACCAUAUCAACGGUAUCACUAUAA